GUAUUGUCAUGCAAAUAAAGGACGCGUAAAAUAUUCCCCCGGAGCGCAGCGGACCAGAGAGUCACACGGAGCGCACGGAGGACAGAGCGGGCCACACUCUGGAUUUCUAACUCUCGCCUUGCUCGGACCCGUCCAGCCAGCACAGACUCCUGGUCACAUCGCGGCGGGUUUUGUCCAGGAAACUACCGGGAACGUUCGCAGUAUUCCAGGGGAAAUUGCAGGGACGAGCUGGACCCCGGAGCGUCUCCAUCCUUUCUGCGGCUGGAAUCUACCUUUAGAGGAUAAACUGAGACCUCCCUGUAUUUGAGGAUCUGUCGCUUAUGAACAGCUCUGCACACCGCGUGUGUUUGUUCCGUAGCUAGUCCUUUUUUGGAUCUACAUACCUUUGCGCCCUGUAAAGUGCCUUACAGACGGCGGUCCGCCAGCCCACCUAAAGCCCAGACAGGAUUUUACUGGACCUUCACCCUCGCAGCAGACUAGAACCAUGAGCCAGGCGGACGUGUCGACGUGCUCCGCGCCGCAGCGGGUCUUCCAGGAGGCGGUGAAGAAGGGCAACACCAAGGAGCUCCACUCGUUGCUCCAGAACAUGACAAACUGCGAGUUCAACGUCAACUCCUUUGGGCCGGAGGGACAGACGGCGUUGCACCAGUCUGUCAUCGAUGGGAACUUGGAGCUGGUGAAGCUGCUAGUGAAGUUCGGCGCAGACAUCCGGCUGGCCAACAGGGAAGGGUGGAGCGCUUUACACAUCGCCGCUUUUGGGGGUCACCAGGACAUUGUGUUAUACCUCAUCACCAAGGCCAAGUACUCCUCUGGCGCCCGGUGAUCUGUCUCUGCUGUCAGGUAAAAUAGUUCACAACAAGCCAGGAUCUUCUAAGUUAAAAUGUCAUCUACACACUUGUGCCAAAUUCAAAGGAAUAAGGUAAAAAGGCAGACCUGUACAAUAACCCCCCACCCCACCCCCCUUCUGUAAACCAAACGUGCUCUUCUCUGCGCUCAGAGUGAAGCGUCGCAGGCUGCACAUUCCUUAACAAAUAAUGGUUUUGGUACUAAAGCUUUCCUCUUGAAUGUGUCCACCAGAGUGCGAAUGGAGCAGUUUCAUGACUUUCCACCUUCAGUGACCCUUGUGACCUGUUGCUCAUCAUUGUAAAGAUCUGUUUUUAAAUUAAUUUAUAUUUAAGAAAAAACAGCACUUGAUGCUGCAUGGCUGCAUGCUGGAAUAGUUUGGAAAGGGAAGACACGUAGACAAGAGAAGGGUUGCCCUCUGUUGGCUGCCGAACAUUACAUUUUUUUAAAUUAAAAUAAAAAAAAAAUCAUAAAUUCAGCAUUAGGGCUAUCCAACACGCUUUUCACAUGUGUAAUCAUCAUGUAACAACAACUGACUUCAUCAUUGUUGUGAAGUACUGUACACAAUAGCUUUAUUUUAUAUUGAUUUUGAAUAAAGUGGGUCCCGUCUUGCCAUGCUGGUGUCCAACUCUUCAGGCCAGUGCGACCACAUUUCCAAUGGUCACUGUGUUACUUUAAAAAACAACAACAACCAACAACAACAACAAAACGCUGCUUUUGCUUUGUAUAAAGUUAAAAAAAAAAAUUGGAAUUCACUUUAUAAUCUCCUUUCAGUAUUUUUAAAUAACAUCCUAGUCAUCACUGUGAAAGCAGGCUGGGGUUUUUAUUGUGUGUGUAUUUAUGAAGGUACAUUGAGAAGAUGCAUUUUGUUGUGAAGAUCUUUGUGUGAAAUGAUCUAGGGUGACUCAAGCUUUCCUCCCUCACCAUCCCAUCAAAGGACUUUGGUUGCCUUUUGCCAGCUACCUCGACUUUUAUUAAGUAUUCUCAAGUUGUUCAGCUCUCUCAACACUUGAGGGUCUGAAGAGAUUCACAUUUUCAUCAUCCACAAGCCAGUGCGUUUAUUAUUAUGUUUUUUUUUAAUUAUUAUUAUUUGUUUGCUUGUAUCUGAACUCAAGCCUCAGAGACAGACCCCAGUGAGUGAAUGCCCCAUCUUUGCAUCCUCACCUCUCCUCGACUACCAAACCAGAAGCAUCAUGUGGCUUUCUGCUUCUCCUGCCAUUGUUUUCCCUAUAAUCAUCUGUUUUCUUCAGCCAAUCUGCCUGUGUGGUCUGAUUCUCUCCUUCUGGUCUUACAAGAGUGGACUUAUAAAUGCAGGGAGUUCUAUUGCACAUUGAUGUGGAGCCUUGGGCACCCUGAAUGUCUGGGGUGACUGCAGGAGCCAGGAGUUUGGAAUAGUGAAUACUACUACUGAGCAGGACCCAAUAUUUACUGUUGGAUGAUGAAGAAUCUAAUGCAGGAUGUCACAGAGAAGAAAUCAGAAAAUGAAAGUCACGGCACCCUUACAUUUGUAUCAAUGCUGCUUGUUUUGUUUUUUCUUUUUUUUUUUUUAAUCGAUGUUGAUAUUUUAAAGGCUACUGCUCGACAGUUGUAAAGACGCUUCACACCAGCGCUGGUCCACGUCAUGAGAGAAAGAGUGAGUGUGAGCUUGGUUCUGACUGUGUGCCAUGUGACAGAUCUUCCUAUUUAAAAAAAGAAAUAACCUGGAACAAACACAUUAACUAAAGCGAUAGAGCGACAGCGACAUCUAGAUUGGUAUCAGGCAACAAAUGAAAUAUGCAUCGCUUGUCUUAAACUUGAUCUUUUCUCUUUUUUUUCUUUGAAUAUUGCACUGAUGACUGUUGUUGGCUUUUAUGUGUCAACUCUUUAUUUUUUUUCUGAAUAGAAAAAAAAAAUCAAACACAAUAAAAUACUGUUGUAUAACUAUAUGCUCCAGGUGAUGAUGAGGAUGAUGAUGUGUGUGAGUCUCUUUGUGGGAAGAACAUAUCGUUUUUCCAGAACAAAGAUGCGUGUAUCUCUGUGAUUAGGUGUAUGUAUAUAUACAUAUGGAUAUAUAUAUAUAUCAACGCUGAUGAUGAUGAUGAUAUUGGGGCACUUUCUUUUCUGAAGUGCUGUCUUCCUGUUUUUAUUAAAGGGGAAUAAUACAUUUGAUGGUAAGAUCAUUGUAACAUGAUUAAAAAUUGCACGGUUGUGCGGUUGUUUGGCUUUCAAGUGUCAUAACAUUUAUGAUGUAGUGAGCCAGGCCGCCGGAUUGGUGUACACGAGUGAGAUGAUUGUUAUUUUGGUUUCAAUUGGAAAGAGAAAGUGUUGACUUCUUUGGACCAAGUUUGUGUUUCUGGUCUCGCUUCAUUUCAAGCGAGUGGAAACAGCUGAUUUUUCAUGAGUGAUGCAGAUGUUCCAUCAUGUUUUUGUUUUCUUUUUCGUGUUUGUAUUCUCAUUUUGAACAUUUGUAACACUGUGAUGACGACCUAACGUCAUGUGGAGAUGAGUGCUGUAUUAUUUUUGUACGUUUGUGUACAAGCCAGUAAAGAAAUCAUUAAAGUAAAAAAAAA